CGAGGACGGCAUGAGGUGGGCUGGGCCGGAGGAGGCAGAGCCAGACGAGAAAUUUCGAGUUUUAAGUCUACAUUUCUCUCUUUCUUUUUUUCAGACCGCACCACGCGGCUUGCGGGAUCUUAGUUGGCCCACCAGGGAUGGAACCAAGGUCACCAGUAGUGGAAGCGCGGAGUCCUAACCAGUGAACCGCCUGGGGAGUCCCUAAGGCUAAAUUUCCCGACAGUGUAUGGAGAGGAACGGAAGGGGGUGGGCGGGGAGGAACGGCUUAAGGAGGCGAGUCUGGAGGUGCAGAAGGUCACUCAGAAGUCAAGCACCCGCUCCUGCGCCGAGGCCAGUUCUGCUUCUCUGAGGCACGGAAACCUGCCUGGAGCCUCAAAUCCGCUUAACUACACCACAGGGCCGGGAAAGCGCGCACACUAUCUCGAGGAAGUUUGGGUCUCGGCGCCCGCCGUAGACGUCGUGCCAGAGGCGGUCCGUUGUCUUGGAGCCGGCAAGACGCCGUUAGGCCUCCCCCGCCGCGGUCACCAUGUCGGUGCUGGAUGCGCUUUGGGAGGACCGGGAUGUCCGCUUCGACGUGUCCUCACAACAAAUGAAAACAAGACCUGGAGAAGUCCUUAUUGAUUGUUUAGAUUCAAUUGAAGACACCAAAGGAAAUAAUGGGGAUAAAGGUAGACUCUUAGUAACAAAUUUAAGAAUUAUCUGGCGCUCUUUGGCAUUACUCAGAGUCAAUCUUUCUAUUGGUUACAACUGCAUAUUGAAUAUUACAACAAGGACUGCUAAUUCUAAAUUACGAGGCCAAACUGAAGCUCUUUAUAUACUAACAAAAUGUAACAGUACUCGUUUUGAGUUUAUAUUUACAAAUUUGGUUCCUGGAAGUCCUAGACUUUUUACUUCUGUGAUUGCAGUACACAGAGCAUAUGAAACUUCUAAAAUGUAUCGUGAUUUUAAAUUGAGAAGUGCGCUAAUUCAAAAUAAGCAACUAAGAUUACUACCACGAGAACAUGUAUAUGAUAAAAUCAAUGGAGUAUGGAAUUUAUCCAGUGAUCAGGGAAAUUUAGGAACUUUUUUUAUUACCAAUGUGAGAAUCGUGUGGCAUGCAAAUAUGAAUGACAGUUUUAAUGUCAGUAUACCAUAUCUGCAAAUUCGGUCAAUAAAGAUUAGAGAUUCAAAAUUUGGUUUAGCUCUUGUCAUAGAAAGCUCUCAGCAGAGCGGAGGAUAUGUUCUUGGCUUUAAAAUAGAUCCUGUGGAAAAACUACAAGAAUCAGUUAAGGAAAUUAAUUCACUUCACAAAGUCUAUUCUACCAGUCCUAUAUUUGGAGUGGAUUAUGAGAUGGAAGAAAAGCCACAGUCCCUUGAAGCUCUGACAGUUGAACAAAUUCAAGAUGAUGUAGAAAUAGACUCUGAUGAUCACACAGAUGCUUUUGUGGCUUAUUUUGCUGAUGGCAAUAAGCAACAAGAUCGUGAACCUGUGUUUUCAGAAGAACUGGGGCUUGCAAUAGAGAAACUGAAGGAUGGAUUCACCCUACAGGGACUUUGGGAAGUAAUGAGUUGAUCUUGAGUUGAGCUGGGUUUCUAUUUAAAGAUAUCUCAAGAUUAAAGAUACUAGUCGCCUGCUAUAAGGCAUGGCAUAGUUUUUACAUUUACAGAAAAAGCUUUUCAGAGAGUUUUUUUAAUGAUUAAGGAAAAACUCAUUUGUCGAAGAUUUUAUUGCCAGUCUUCUAAAAAUUAUAUUUGAAAUUGUAAUCAAAAUGUAUCUGGUUUGUUGUAAAUAUGUUUAUUUUGUAACUAAUACUUGUAAAUUAUUAGUCUGUGGAUAUUAAAAGACUGUAUCAUGUUGAGUUUAAUAAAGAAUUUAUGCAGCACCAUUAAAUGUUUUGAAAGUGUUAUCUAAAAGCAUAAGACUCUUCUUAUGGAGUAAUCAAAAUGCUGCUUUUUUAAUUAUAAAAAUCUGGUUUAAAUAUAUUUAUCACAUAGCUCCAAAGGUAAGCCAACUCUCAUAUAAAUUAGAAACCUUAAGCUUGUCAUUUUUAGGUAACCAUUUAUGUAAAAACUAAAAAUUUUAGCUAACUUUGAGGAUAUCAACCCCUAUGUAAAGUUUUGGGCACUAUUUUGGAAAUAAUUUCAAUAUCGUUUUGGCAAGAAUACAUUUAUUUUGUAAGGAAAUAGUUUUAAAUAGUUUGUAAAUAAAUAGUUUAUUUGUUGACUUGCUCUUUGUUUGCAUUCAUUGAAACUUCUUUGAAGUUUUCAAAAAUAUGAUAUUAUUUUCUGAUUUCUUGGUCAGGUUAGAUUUGGUGACCUCUCUUGCAUAAGUGUUUUUUGCCACUGCUUCAGUAUAAAGAAACUUUGUAAAGAACUUUUGUCAAAACAUUAACCCUCUUUUUCUAGAGUGAAAAAAGUGAGUGUGUAAAAUCAUUUAAAAUAAGAUGCAACUGUAUGUACAACCAUAGACACAUAGUACAACCAAGGGCUAACCUGAGUUUAAUAAAGA